AUGAUUAAAAUUGUUGCACUGAACGAUGACGAGGAAGUAGGAGAUUCGGAGCAGGAUGAAUUUGUCGCAACAAAAGAAGCUCAGGAAGCCAUCGCCGAAAGUGAAUAUGUGCGCGCCAUUAAACUUAAAGCGGAGGGUAACACUGAAGCAGCCCUCUCCCUGCUCAAUGAACUGUUGGAUACCCAGGUGAUAAACGAGGAGCACCACAACAACAAAAUGAUAUUUAUUAAAUACAAUUGUCAUAAGAAUAUUGGUCUUAUACUGGAGGACAAGAAGGAGUAUGAAAUGGCUCUGCACCAUUAUAUAUCGGCAAUAUUGAUUGAUAGUACCGAUAUCUAUACAUUGCAUAAAUUUGCCCAAUUGGCUCUGAAAUUGAAUUCGGUGGAUUUGGCGGAAUAUGCUUUCGAAAAAUGUUUGGCCAGCAAUGCAUUGCAUUGGAAGGCAGCCGAUGGCUUGCUGAUGUCUUUGAAUUAUAAUUGCAAUUUGAUACGACUGUAUAAUCAUGCACGGGAAUUGUGUACCAGUGAUCCGAAACAUAAGGCGGCGUAUGAAAUGGUGUUGGAUAUUUUGACAUGGUUUAAAUCGAAUUCCUCGGUGUUGAAUAUGACGAACAGUUCGGCACAUGAUUUUCCUCGCAACAACAACAAUACGUGUGAAAGCCAUUUAAAACGUGUGUAUAAAAAUGUCAUGGGUGGUGGUAUCCAACCCUCAAAUGAUAUAUUGAGCUGUGAUGUUAACUUGCAAAGCAUGCAGAUUGAUAAUUUAAAUUGGCGUUCCAUAGGUCAAUUUAUAUUGCAGUUUCAUCAGUAUUUACAAACUAAUGGAAUUAGUUUGUUUUUCCAAUUCGAAUUUAAAGAUGUUAUGAAAACGGAAUCCUCAAAAGAUGCUGACAAUUGUAAUGCCGAUAGUGUUCUCCAGGAAAAUGAGGACAACAAAGAUAUGCAAGAAGUAUCGAAUUCUACAACAACUCCUCUCGGUGGUGGUGGUGUUGAUACGAACAAGAUUACUGUGGAAAAUGCAUCGGAAUCCCAGCCAAUGGAUUCCAAUAAUGAUGACUCGGAUUCAAAUGCCAAGGUUGAGGGCGGCAUUGAGACCACCAAAAACAAGGCCCGAAGACGUUGCAGUGAUUUACAUUUUCUCGAACAAUGGGGUUGGCACAAAAAUCGAAGAUAUUCAUCACGCAAGAAAGCCGAUAAGGAGGAACCCGAUGAUAGUUUAAAUUCCUAUUUACGACGGACAUUUUCCAAAUAUAUGCAGGAGAUUCCAGCUUCAUCGUGGCCAUUUGGAGAGAAUUCUACCGAAAAAGAAAACAAUGUAAAUGCUGAUCGGCAAUGUACCAAAUGUGCUAAUCCACCCACUGAGGAUGAGUUCCAUACAGAUACCUUAUCGGUAUUUGAGGAAUUCUUAAAUAACCUCAAAUCAACGAAGACUGAUUUAAUGGAAAUUAUAUUCAAAUGGUUGAAAAGCGUUUCAAGUUUUUGGAACAUUUCCCUGCCUCAGUCGAUUAAGACAUUGUACACCGAAAUCUUUGAGCUUUAUAUGUCCUAUUUCGAUUUACCCACCGCAAAUCAAUUGGCCGCCUUGGAUUUUAUGUCCUCCUAUCGUAUUUGUUUGUUAUUUCUCGAGUUAACUGCCUGUGAGGAGCUAUUUGAAGAUCCAAAAUGGAAGAACAUCUUUUAUCACUUGUGUUUCAACAUUGGAUCGAGUAAAGGCAAAGGAAGAAAUUCCACUGAUGUGGACCAUUUUGAAAUACGUCUGACCUAUAUCAAAUAUUUGCUAUGCGCUGCCAGCAGUGAUUAUCCUGGCUGCCUGACAUGCUUGGAUGAAAUUGAAAUAUUGUUGGGAGGACAAAGUAAUACUCCCGAAUUCGUAUUACAUUUACCCCACUCGGGGGGAUAUUGUCUGCAAUUGGAUUUAGUUGGCAAUAUGAAGAGUCAAUACAAAAGUCAAAUGGACAUAUGCAGCUUGAGGGUGUUGUAUGAUAAACAACAAUGGCCCCAACUUGUCGAUGUUAUCACAAGAAAUGUGGAAAUCACGGCGAAUAAUUUCGAAAAUGAAUAUUGGCUGAAAGAUACUCAAACGAUAUUUGAAAUACUUCUACAGGCCCUAUGGAAGUUGGCGUCGUACGAAACAUGUUUGUUGUGGUGUGAGAAAUGUUUCCAUUACUCGGUGGGCAUUUUUUUGGAUGAAACCAGGCCAAGCCUGAGCAGGCAAAAGAUGAUGUCCACUUUUAUCAAUUACGUAACUUCAUAUAUCGAAGCCAUUAUUUUAAAUGUAGGGCGUGAUAUUGUGGCCACACUUGCAAAUGAGAAUCUCUGCCGUAUGGUACAAAAUCUGAUACGCCUCGUGGUCUAUCAAUUUGAUGGCAAUUUUGAGAAAAAUAAUUCACAUGGCAAGGAUCUGGAUUUCAAACCUCUGUGGUCGAUACUACACCAACUGGCCUUAAGAGAUGAAGAAAUGCGGGAUGAAGGUAAGAGUGCCGAAGAAGCUGAUGAUUUAGUACCGGCCUCUUUUCAAAUUCUAUUCACGGCCCACGAAUAUUUGGGCAGACGUCACUGGUGUUCCAAUGAUAAUGGCGAAUUUCUACAGUAUAUCUUGGAUGCGGUGGUAACAAAUUUGAAAGCUCCCAUCUACGAUGGUUGUCGUGAUGUCAUGUACGAAUACAUUGAACAGGUAACAUAUUGCCUAUUCCAAUAUCCGCCGAGAAAGGCACGUUCAAAAUAUCUUGAAGAUCAUGAAGCUGAACCGGUGAAAUUAAACUGGUCCCGUGCAGUACAGAUAUUCGAUAUCUACAAACCGGAACAAUUGCCAGAAUUUAAUUCCUAUAAACUGGAGUCCAUAACAUCGGAUAUGGAACAAAUGUUAAUGAAAAUUGUUGGCUUGGUGCCCAGAGAAGUUGACCCCUCCCAGAGCACCUUUAAGGUUAUCAACUACAUAGAGGGUUUGAGCAGUGAACAUCCAUCCCAAAUUGAGGAUGACUUUGAGUUUCCUUACAAACUAAAGAACCUCUAUUAUCUCCUGGCAGAUUAUAAUUUUAAAAGUCGCGAUUUUACCAAGGCCAUAAAAUUUUACACCCUGGACUUGGUUAUAAAUCCCUCAAGAUUUGAUUCAUGGGCUGGUGUGGCCCUGUCCAAGGCCAGUCAAAUUGAAACCAAACUAAACGGUUUGGAUCAAAUCAAUUUGGAUGCCCUGUGGAAGGAGUGUGAACAAGUGAUACGCUGCUUCGAAUGCUGCAUUACGCUGGACAGAUUUCAGACGCUUUUAUGGAUUGAAUAUGGUUCUUUUUGUUAUACCCUACAGUCGUUUUUCUCGCGCCACCUAAGAGGUACCAAAUCUGCCGAGAAGGGAAGUCCAUUGGAUGAAGUGGUGGCCGAAAGAAAAUUGAAGUUGUUGAAUAUUGCCCACAACUGUUUUACCACAACAAAUUCAAUACAAAAUUCUGUGGGCGAUGAUGCCCACACCUCAGCUGAUAGCAAUGAUGAAAAAUGGCUGUGUCAAUAUAUGUUGGGAAAAAUCUCCGAGAAACGCCAAGAAGAUCCCAGUACUUAUAUCAAUAAUUAUCUGUUGGCAGCCAACUAUCUGUACGAAAGCAAUGCCACCUAUCCCAUCAAAGUGAAUCACAGUAAUCCCACCUCGUUAUCUGUGGAGGCCCUGGAGGUGUUUUAUCGCAUAAAUGCCUCCAUCAUAAAAUAUAUUGUCACCCGAGAAAACAUAGUAUCCAGGAAUCAUGGAGACCUAUUUAAGAAAGUUUUAAAAAAAUUAGCAAAUAGUCCCUUUGCCCUGAACAAGGCUAAAAUUGAUGGUAGUUCUUUGAAUAUUAUUAAGGGCAAAGUUUCAUCAAGCGACAAUCAAGGAAGCACUCAAAUAAAGGAUACACCCGUAGGAGGUGGGGGAGGGUCUGGAACGUUACAGGUUACGGAAACACGUUCAAAUGCACCAACUGAAAUCAUGCCAAUUUUAUCCAGAAGUAGCUCAAUUUCCACAGUUACCAUAUCAUCGGAAUCAUCGAGUGAUAGUGACGACUCGGAUGCAGUCGAUGCGACAAUGAAAAAUAAAACCGCCAACCCUAACACCUACAGCCUGAAUGAAAUCAAACGGAUCUAUGAAAUGGUUGUGAGGAACAUUGAAGAGUGUAUAACGCGCUUCCCCGAACAUUACAAAUCCAUAUACCGGCUGGUUUAUCAUUUUAUGAAUGGCCCCACUGAGCUGCGCAAUUUAGAAGUGGCCGAACAGCUGCUAAUGGGUCAAUAUAAAACCAGCCUGGGUAACAUUGUCAAUGGACUGUUCUACGAGAAGAAACACACGAAUUUAUUUAAUGGCAUUUGGCGUAUACCAUCCUCGGAAAUUGAUCGACCGGGGAGUUUCUCAGCCCAUUUGGUGAAAUGUGUACGCAUACUAAUUCUACUACUGCUGAAGACUAACAAUCACAAAAUCCUGAUAGAUAUUUCAUUGAAUCUGCAUAAAACACCCGAUGCCGAUAAGCGUUAUAUUGCCGAUGCCGAUCGCAAAGAAUUGUGUCAACUAUGUAUAACUUAUUGUGUUGAGAUAUUACGCAAUGUAUUGGAUGAAAAUCGCAAAGGACAACGCAAUGAUCAACAAUUGCUAAAUCUGCUAGUGGACAUUUAUAAGAUUCACAAAAAAUGCAUCAAAUAUAUGAAUCAAAAGGAGUCGUUAUUUACUAAACUACUCGUCGAUGUCUAUAAAUUUUUCAUCGAGGAUAAAGUAAAAAAUGUCCCAGAAAAUUGCAACUUUUUAGAUUUGGCCGUUAAGUUGUGUUUGCAACAGCUUACAAUACAAAAAUCGGCGGAGGCAAAUCCGUCGUCCAGCACUUCGUUAGUAGGUGCCAUGGCUACAAGGCCGUUUAACAUUCCUGGUUUAAAUAUGAUCUCCUCGGCCACUAAACCGGUCAAUAAUUUAACUAAAUUGAAUCUUCCCAACUUCGCACAAUCGGAAUUCAAUCCAUCAGGAUUUGAGAUGAAUACUCCUCCUGUUGCUCCACACCCAUAUAUACCAUUGGAAUUUACACCAUUUCUUGAGAAUAGAACAGCAGACUUGUUGCUAUUGCAGGAGUUGGUUAUCGAUGACACUGGUUUCUAUAGUAGUAAUCACUAA